AUGAGGAAGGGGGGAUAUGCUGAAGGACUUGGGUUUGAAAGGUAUAUGGACAGUAUCCUCUCUGUUCCAAGUAUUCUGAGGAAGGCUGAUGGGAAAGGAUCGUUUGUGCUCUGCUAUAAGGGCAGUCUUGAGGACGAGCCUGAGAUGGCGAGCGAUAAGAUGUUUACUGCAGUGGUGAAGCGAAGGAUCAACCAAGUUAUUGGUCUUAGGGUUGUUGAUGUGAGGAGGGGAGCCCCUAUCAAUGAUAAUGUUGAGAUGAACGAGAUCAAGACGAAUGAGGAAGGGAGGAAGCAUGGAAGCGAAGGAAUUGGGAUGGUUGACGUGGAUGAGGAUUUUUAUGACACUGUGAGGAACGAAAUGCCGGUGACUGGAACAAGGGAUGAUAGCUUUCUGUAUGUCAGAAGAAGAAUAAGUGGAUUUGAAAGCCAAGCAGAGUUCCUGUUUAGAAAGAGCUUGGAGGCUGUGGAGAGUAGAGGAACAUUUCUGUUUACUGAGUUGUAUGAUGCGGCAAGGAAGGAUGUGUUUCUAGGCAUUGUGAUGGUGGAAGGAAAGCCCAUAGUCCUGAGUAAGGGCUGUAAGGAGGUGAAUGUUGGGAUCCGGAACAGGAGUGCCGGGAUUAUAGGAAACGAUGUUCGGGGCACAUUUACGAUUAGUGUUGACGGGCUAGACGGGUCUGGAGAAGAGAUCCAAAGUGUGAAGCUAGCAUGUGGAUAUCGGGAAAGCGACUUCUGUGUGCGGUUUGGCUAUCACAGGAUGCAUAAGAUGAUAUCCACGGAGGAGCUGACAAACUAUUACCUGGAUAACAAGGCCAUUUCGCUUGUAAAGCUUUUUGAUGGGAUUGUCUGUGUUUCGCAACCUGGGAAUUUAAGGGAGAACUGCCUAAAGUUCAUAGAGCUGAAGACGAGCCUGUUUUUUGGGGAGGCGCAGAUAUCUCCAUACGAUAUAGGAAGCUCGCUGUUGUUCUUCUUCAGGAUGUUUGGUGGAAGAGGAAUGACCCAGAUAACAAACAAGAUCAUAGAGUAUGUUGAGUAUGCUCUCUGCGAAUUGGAUGUUUGCAAAGACUCUGCCAAGGAUCUGCUAUUUCUGCACGAGACAUGCAUAUUCAUAAACAGGAUUGCUUCUUUAGAGCUGCGGGAUGCAGAAGGAGGUACUCAAGUGAUUGAUGGAAAGGCCGGCUGCGAUGAUUUUGAUCCAAAAGGAGUGUGCACCGUUUCUGCGUACUACAAAGGCCAGUGCACCUGGGGGAAUGUCAUGUUCAGCUUAAGAAGAAUGGAACAUCAAGAAAGGGCAUACAGAGGAAGCCAGGAUCCUAUUGUCAGGAACACUAUUGGGGACUUUCUACUUGAAGGCCUUGCCAUUUCUGGGCCUCAGUACAAUAGAGGGCAGUCUCCAGGGCUCAGUAAGCUCUUGGAGGUGUACAGGAGGCUUGUCAUAAUUUCUAGGAAGGGCCUGACCAGGUUUGUAAAUGGAGAAAGGGCCAGCACCCUGAUUGUUUCUAUUCUUGAAGAGAACAUUGUGGAAGAUAAGGAAACCCUUCUCCUCUACACCAUUGUCAAGGACAUCUCCAAGAUUCUUCCUGUAAGGGUAUCUGUUCUUGACAAGGCGCUUGUUAAGUGUGUAGGCGAGGUUGUUUCGAUGCUGAAAAGAAGGAUAAGAAAACUUCUGAAAAAGGGAGAAGGAGAUGUUGAAGAGGUGUUUGGGCCGAUAAGGCGGUUCUAUGCAAGGCUCCGGUACCUGGACUCGAGCAUACACGAGGAGAUAUUCAAGAGCGAUUUACACCACUCGGUAGAGGAGGAGUGUUUCUACAGGCUGCGGAAGAUGCCGCCGGACACAAAGACAGGUCUAAAGCGCCUUGCGCUUUGCAGAAAGGUGCAUGAGGAGUAUCUUCGGGUUUUGGGUUCGGUGAACCGUGAGAUGGAGCUCAGCUACUGCCUGGAGGAGAAGAAGGCCUUUAUGAGGCUCUAUGAUGUCAGGAAGAUAAAGAAGAUCCUCAGGAGGCCCGAGGAGCUCGAAAAGGAGAUCCUUAAGAUGAUUGGAGAGGGGUUGAAUGUGAAUGACGAUAUACGCAACAGGUACAAGCUAUAUCUGUACGAAUGCAUCAAGGAAAAUGCAAGGAUGCUUUUUGGAGAUAAGUAUGACGAGACGAUGAUGUCUGUAAAUAAAUGCUUCAUAUAA